AUGAAGAUCACUUUCAAGGAUCUCAAGCAGAACAAGUUCACCAUCGACGGCGAGCCAUCGGAAACGAUCGGCGAGAUCAAGGCGAAGAUCCAGGCGGAUAAAGGCUGGGACGUCGCCCAGCAGAAGUUGAUCUACUCCGGCAAGAUCCUCCAAGAUGGUAACACGGUAGAAUCCUACAAUAUCGAGGAGAAGGGCUUCAUCGUGUGCAUGGUCUCCAAGCCUAAGCCAUCCGCAGCUUCAUCAAGUAAAGCUCCCUCUACGCCCACUCCAGCGGCCGCCCAAACUCCUGCACCUCCUGCUGCACCGGCACAAUCAUCAUCCACCGCCCAAAAUGCUCCGGCUACUCCAUCCCCAGCCCCUCCUCAGCAGGCUUCCGAGGGCCCGCGAUUCAAUGAUCCGUCAGCCUUGACUAUGGGCAGCGAGCGCGACGCUGCUAUUGCGAAUAUGGAGAGCAUGGGCUUUGCGAGGGCUGAUAUUGACAGGGCUAUGCGCGCCGCAUACUUCAAUCCCGAUCGUGCGGUGGAAUACCUCCUGACCGGAAUCCCCGAAGGCGCACUCCAAGAGUCGCAGGCGUCCCCCAGACAAGCUCGUGGUCCGACAUCGCCACCACCUGCCACUGGUGGGAACACUGGAGCGACCGCCACUGCCGGUGGAGGUGAUGAGCCGAUAAAUCUGUUCGAGGCAGCUGCCCAAGCGGGACAAGGUGGCCGAGGAGGAGGAGGAGGUGGUGGUGGUAGUGGUGGUGCUCGUUCCGGCGGCUCUGGAGGGGCCGGAGCUGGAUCUGGUGGCGCUCUUGGUGGAAACAGCCUUGAAUUCCUGCGAAACAACCCACAAUUUCAGCAAUUACGACAGGUUGUACAACAGCAGCCGCAAAUGCUCGAGCCAAUCCUGCAACAGGUUGGAGCUGGAAACCCGCAAUUGGCUCAGAUGAUCGCUGAACAUCCCGAUCAAUUCUUGCAAUUGCUUGCAGAGGAUGCCGACGAAGACGCCCCUCUGCCCCCCGGUGCCCAGGCCAUCAGCGUCACUGAGGAGGAGCGCGAGGCGAUCGAGAGGUUGUGCCGGCUUGGCUUCGAACGUGAUCUCGUUAUUCAGGCCUACUUUGCCUGCGAUAAGAAUGAAGAGUUGGCCGCGAAUUUUCUCUUCGACCAGCCCGAGGACCCCGACGAGCAGUAG